AUUUUCUCCAUUCCCUCCAUUCCCUCCAUUCUCUCCAUUUCAUUAGCCAUGGGACCAUCCAUUAGUGAAAGAUCAUCGCAACCUCCCUUCGAUGCAAUCACUUCUCUUCCUCCGAGACAUACUCCAAACCCCGCUGCUCGCCCGAUCGCUCAGUGUUCAUUUUCAUCCAGCUCACAGAGAAAUUCUGCGUCGAUAGUUCCUCCAUCCCCUGCCGUCAUAAACAGCCGGAUUAAUGAUCGUCUAGGUGAACAGCUCACUGAUGAUGUGUUUGAUCAAGUCAUAGUGGCCAUUGAUACGAGGGAUUCCGGCACCGUUGGCUGUUCAUACUACUCGGCUCGAGAGGAAAAACUCUAUAUGUUGGGAGACAUGCAGUCGUCUGGCACUGACAUAAUUGACACCAUUAUCUUCCAGACCAAACCUACCGUGAUCUUGGCCUCGCCUCGAGUUGAAUAUUUGCAUGGUCAAGGAAGGCUGGGGUUGGACAUAGAUGAGAGCUCUGAUUCAUACCUCCCCUACCAGAUCGACGUACGACCAUCCCAAGAAUUCGGCCAUGCUAGCGCGAUAUCCAAGCUGGUGUCUCUAGAUAUCUCCUCGAGGCAUGAAGAGCAGAUUAGGUUCCUUGUGCCUCAUGCAGGCUUAGUCGAUGCUGACCACAUGGACACUGAAAGUUUGGACUUCACAUUGCAAGAAGGGCGAAUUCUACACAUGGGAGGAUCCAUCGAAAUACAGAACACUGUGACGAUGGGAUGCGCUGGCGCUAUCCUGACUCAUCUGCAAAGGCGAAGAGCUACAAUGUCAUCUGGAAAUGGCACAAUAGAGAUCUUCCGCAUUGCCUCCGUCGAGAUGGUUGGGUUGAAAGGAACCAUGUUCGUCAACUCAAGGACACUUCUAUCACUUCAGAUUAUGGAGUCCGAGUCACAUCCAUGCAUGAUAAAUCAGGGAUCUGGAACAAAGUCGUCAUCUGCCAAGGAAGGCCUUUCGGUCUUCGGCUUAUUUCAACGAUUCGCAUUUACACCUCAGGGUAAAAACUUGCUCAAGCAAUACUUCCUUCGUCCAAGCACCGAUAUGAAGGUCAUAUGCGAACGGCAUUCUUUCAUUAGUGUAUAUCUGAGGCCAGAUAAUUUCAAUGCUCUCAACAAGAUCGUCAAAAGCUUGAAGCAUAUCAAGAACCUCCGUUAUGUCAUGAUCAACCUUCGAAAGGGGAUCAGUACCGGAAGUGGGAAGAUCACCGGUUUCAAAACAACCGUCUGGGCUACGCUUCUAGCUUUUGCCUUCUAUGGCAUUGACAUUCAUGAUGCUCUCAAAGAAACUUCCGGUGGGGCUGGACUGGAGUUGCACCAGAAGGCCCUUCGAGCCCUUGAGGCUGCCCAAUUGUAUCUGGUCGGGAGGAUGAUUCAAGAAAUAGUUGAUAUCGAUAGCUCCGAGGAGCAGGGCCGAACAGUGGUAAAACCAGGACUUGACCGAGAGCUUGAUAAGAUGAAAGACACAUAUGAUGGUCUGAGUAGCUUGCUCAAGAAAGUCGCCAUAGAAAUCGCCAAAACAAUCCCCGAGAGUCUUGAGAUCGACGUGAACGUUAUAUACUUCCCCCAACUUGGGUUUAAUAUCGCCAUUCCAUUGACUGAAAGGGGCGAAGCAGCAUACGCCGGGCCUGUGGACGAUUGGGAGCUUAUCUUUGUAACAGAAAACCGGGCGUAUUUCAAGGAUUUUCGAAUGAGAGAAAUGGACCAAACAUUGGGUGACAUUUAUGGACUCAUAUGUGAAAGGGAGAUUGAGAUUACUUAUGAGCUAGCGCAGAAGGUGCUCCAAUACAAAAAAGUUCUCAUCGAAGCAUCAGAUAUCUGCGGGCAGGUUGAUAGUGUUCUUGCGAUGGCACAGGCUGCAAGCUUCUAUAAACUGGUCCGCCCUAAGAUGACAGAGGAGAACAUUCUUCGAAUCGAAGGGGGGCGACAUAUACUUCAAGAAUUGACCGUUUCAUCGUAUGUUCCCAAUGAUACGCUUCUUGUCGGGGGGGAACUAGAUGCAGAAGCCUCGGGAUCCUCAAAUCAGUCUUCGAUGAAUGCGCCAAAUAUGCUCCUAUUGACUGGUCCCAACUACUCUGGGAAGAGUGUUUAUAUGAAACAAGUUGCGCUCGUCAUCUAUUUAGCACAAAUUGGAAGUUUUGUCCCGGCAGAAAGCGCAGAAGUCGGAAUCACCGACAAAAUUCUUUUGAAAUCAAACACUCAAGACAGUGUUUCGCAGAUUCAAAGCACAUUCAUGAACGAUCUGCAGCAAAUUUCAUUUGAUCUGAAGCAAGUGACAGGCCGGAGCCUAUUGCUAAUUGACGAGUUCGGUAAAGGGACAAACACAAAUGGCUCGUAUCACCAUUACCAUCAGCUCCGUCGAAAGCUAACAAACUGGACUUGGCGUACAGAUGGCAUCGGCUUAGCAUGUGGAGUACUCGAGCAUCUUCUGGGACUUGAAGAUGCCCCGAAGAUCAUCUUUGCAACUCAUUUCCAUGAAAUUCUCAACCACGAGCUCAUCAAGCUUGGUCCUCGACUACAGCUCGCUCAUAUGGAGAUUCGAAUCUGUGAAGACGCCCGCGAGAAUGGAGACCAAAUCACUUAUCUAUACAAUUUCCGUUUAGGUCGAAGCAGCAAGAGCUUUGGAACGGUCUGUGCAGCCAUGAACGGAAUCAGCCAGCCAAUCGUUGACCGAGCCAACGAACUCGUGUCCCUUGCAACUCGUGGCGAGAAUCUAGUUGCUGCUUGUGCCAUGUUAUCAGCUGAGGAAACAAGCUUGCUAGAGAAAGCGGAUAAAUUGGCGAGGGCUUUUCUGGGUCUUGAUCUGUCAGAUGAAGGUCACUCGAAUGAUGCAGACAGAGUGCUCGAUAGGCUCUUCGAGGAGGUUGACACUUGAUCUCUCUUUUCCUGCUCUCCCCUCGAUGGAUUGAGUUGGGAACACAAAUUGUGAAAGGUAAUGAAUGAGCGUAUGCUCGCAACAUUUAUGUUUAGAGUUAUAUACCUUACCGUCC